AGACAUCACGGGCCUUACAGACCUUAAAAAAAUGGCAUGCAGGCAGGCGAGUAGGUCACAGAUACAAGAGGAAGAAGAAGAAGAGGAAGAAGAAGAAGAAGAAGAAGAAGAAGAAGAAGACGAAGACGAAGACGAAGACGAAGACGAAGAGCGAGAUAGCCAUCAACGCAUCGACAAAACCUUGACAAAGUUCUUCCGCAAGAUGCAACUCCCAAAAGUAGUCUUCAGACAUAAGCUACGCAAGCCCAGCCAUGUGCAAAGUCAGCCUGAGCAAACCCGGUCGGGUCUGCUCGAUCUGCCCGUCGAACUGCGCCUCGAGAUCUACGAGUACCUCUUCGCGGAUGGCACCUUGGCCUAUGACUGAGGAAGUGCUGGACUGGUCGUGGCGCGUACAGCUGUAUUUGAACGAAAAUUGCGGCAGCCGUCGUCUUGAGAGGUUGCUGUGGGAUCAUGGCAAUAGUCGCUAUGUAGGAACGAUGUGCAGGAGUCUUUACUAUCGCACACCGCCGCCUUUCAGAACAAACAUCAUUCGCACCUGCUGGAAACUUUACCUCGAAGCUGCGCCCUUGCUGUACAGCUCCAACAAGAUAGUGUUCCCCUUCACAUUCACCGAUUUCUCGUCCUUUGCACGCCAUAUCCCGCUUCGUCAGAUGGGCUUCGGUCCGUCGAGCAAGUCCUGCCUCGACCUGAUCCGCACGCUCGACCUCAACUACACGUCGUGCUACUACUUUGACGACCCGACAAAGACAUGGCUGCAAUUGCGCCAACUGCGCAGCCUGAAACUGCUGCGCAUCAGGAUCCUCGUGCCGCAGCACAGGUAUCUGGAGGAGCAGGCCAGGCUGUUUAUCACGCAGGUGAUGGAAUUCAUAUCACAUAACGAUAGCGAGAGAGUGGUGGACGUGCAUGUUGUUACGAAUGGUAGAUGGGGAUUCAUGGGUGCUUUGCACGAGGUCGGACUUGUGGAGCUGCCGUUGGACGAGCCGGGUUCGCGGGUGUUUCAGCAUCACACUUGGAGGAAGCAGAGGAAUGGGGAAGAGGAGAAGCAGGAUACGUAAGGCGGCUGUGGCGUAUAGUCAUGUGUGCCGUCUGGUCAGACUAUGAAGGGAGAAUGGUGUGUAGGUAAGGCGUUUAUCAAUUUUAAUUUAUCAAAGCAAAUACCAAACAGUGUACGUUAAGCAGAUUGCAAUAUAAUAGAGAGAGCCAUAGCAUGUAGAUACAGAAAUCGUUAUAUACAAUAUCAGGGUAUUAUUCCCCAACGCCCCCAACAGAGCCCACCACCAGGAGA